AUGAAGGAGUUCAUCCUCCAUGGUCUUAUGCAAGAUGAGACAGUAACGAAAGUGUGUUUCUUUUUAUUCUCAGUCAUCUAUGCCACUAUCAUAUUUGGAAACCUGCUUAUCUUUAUCACUAUAAAGGCCAGUGAACAGCUGGAAUUCCCCAUGUACUCCUUCCUGAGCUACUUGUCCUUUGUAGACAUCAGUUACUCUACUGUCACAGCUCCCAAGUUCAUUUAUGACCUUCUUGUUGAGAAGACCAUCCCUUUUGUGGGUUGCAUAGUUCAACUGUUCGUCGUCCAUUUCUUUGGCUGCACCAAGAUCUUCCUUUUCACAGUGAUGGCAUAUGAUUGUUGCAUUGCUGUGUGUAAACCACUUCAUCACACAAACAUUAUAAGCAAGCACGUCUGUGGCUGGCUGGUGGCAGCUUCCUGGGUGGGAGGCCUUGUGCACUCCCUCGUGCAGACCCUGUUUACCAUUCAGCUACCAUUUUGUCGGCCCAAUGAGAAUGAGCACUGUUUCUGUGAUGUGCAUGCUUUGCUGAAGCUGGCCUGCACUGACACCUACAUUGUUGGUGCGAUUGUGGUUGCCAAUAGUGGUUCGAUUUCCCUGAGCUCUUUCGUUGUUCUUGUUGUGUCCUAUGUUGUUAUCUUGGUCUCUUUGCGGACACGCUCUUCUGAAGGGCAUCUCAAAGCGCUCUCUACCUGCACCUCCCACAUCACUGUUGUAAUUCUGUUCUUUGGGCUGUGCAUUUUCAUCUAUAUGCACUCUUCUACCACCUUCACAGUGCACAACAUGGUCUCUGUGUUCUACACCAUCAUCACACCUAUUCUCAAUCUCUUGAUCUACACACUCUGA